AUUGGUCAGCUCCAUAACAAUAUUUUGGUCCUCAAAUGCUUUCUGUGACAGGGAAUUUAAUGGGCUCUCCGCACUCUGGGUAAGAUAUUUCUUCUCAUCUGUCCUAACUGGCCGAUCCCACAUUCGUAAACUGUGACCCCAAAGUGCAGCAUUGAAGUGCUGAACUGUAUUAAAGGUGAGUCUGAGUUGCGCCUUGUUGGUGUGGUAUGACUGGUCCUUUACACAUGCCGAUCCCCAGGAACGGAGGGUGCCGGCAGUCUCUGCCUACGCCGAGAUGUUGGGGAAUGAUGCCCUAAACAGGGUUACCCAGGGAAGAUCCGGAUGAACCUGCAGCCAACAGACAGCCAUUCACACUUUCAAGUCAGGAAUUGUGGCGUAUACUUUCUCACGUGGAUCAGGGAGAACUGCAAAAUGUAUUUAAUUGAGAAACUGGUCCAGGAGAUACAGGAUUCCAGCGCCAAGUCAAACCAAGUGGCCGGAGAGGUUGUUUCUGGGAUCAGGACAGUCCGGAGUUUUGCCACCGAGAACGAGGAAUCUGAAUUGUUUGAGGAGAAGCUCCAGGCAACAAACCAACUCAAGAAUAAACGGGAUUUUGUUACAGCGGUGUAUUUCCUGUUCCGUAGGCACAUACAACUCGCGAUGCAACUGAUCAUGUUGUACGCUGGACAGCACCUGAUCCGGAGCGGGCAGAUGAGCAGUGGGGAUCUUGUCGCAUUCAUCUUUUACCAGGGGGACUUCGGAUCUUACGUCCGGACCCUGGUUCACAUGUACUUGGAGAUGACCCACUCAGUGGGAGCAGCCAACAAAGUGUUUGAGUACCUGGAUCGGAAGUCCAGUGUUCCCACGGACGGGAAGCUGGUAAAGGAGACUCUGAAAGGAUAUGUAGAAUUCCAGAAUGUGUCCUUCUCUUACCCAACCAGACCCGACGUUCAGGCCUUAAAGAACGUCUCCUUUGAGCUGAAGUGUGGUGAGAUGACGGCCCUGGUGGAGCCUCCGGGGGGGGGCAAGACGACGUGUGUGAACCUGCUCGAGAGGUUUUAUCAACCUCAGUCCGGACAGAUCCUGUUGGAUGGCAGACCCAUUGAGGAAUAUGAACAUAAAUAUUACCACAACAAGGUGAGGAAUGUUGGAGAGGCAGGAGGACAGCUUUCUGGUGGAGAGAAACAGAGAAUAGCCAUUGCUCGCGCUCUCAUCCGGCAACCUCAAAUCCUCAUCCUCGACGAAGCAACCAGCUCCCUCGAUGUGGAGAGUGAGCACACGAUCCAGCAGGCGUUAUCGAAGGACACGGGACAAACCAUCCUGGUCAUUGCCCACCGUCUGAAGACUGUGGAGAAGGCUGACAAGAUCAUUGUGAUUGAGAGAGGGAUGGUGGUGGAGGAGGGAAAGCACGAGGAAUUAAUGGAGAGAAAAGGCUGCUAUUUCCACCUGCUACAGAGACUGUCACGUAACGGGGAGCAGAGCGUGACUGAGCUUUAACCAGACUCUGGAAUGGAGGGCAUGGAGCCACAAUCCAAAUCACCCCUCCAUGAAAAGCACACUAUUUCAUUUCACUGUCUAACCCGAUAGCAGUUUUGUAUUUAGCUUUUGUAUAUAUUGAACUGAGCUUUUGAUAUCACACUGUUGCAUAGAGCAGUGUGAGGGUUUGUAAUUAGGUUCAAACAGAUUCAAUUAAAGCACUAAAAUCAAACCAAUAACUGCGGAUGUUGGAAAUGUGAAAUAAAAACACCAAGAA